GUCUUCAUAUUAGAUAGAUCAGCCUGACUGCUGCCGGUCAUUUCAUGCUGAACUUGGAGGAGGCAUAACGCUAAUCAAUAGAGCAGCAAAAAUGAAGCGCUCCCUUGGACUUUGCUUGGUGGUCUGUUUUGGGAUACUCGAUUUGGGCUGUGCACUUCGUUGCUUCAAGUGCUCCGAUUACACAGGGCGCUGCGAAAAUGUUCAAGACUGCACUUAUGAAGAUUCCUGUUUAUCUCUGAGUGAAAGAGGUGGGAAGACAAUUCGACAGUGUAUCAGAUACACAGACUGUGACAAUUCUCGACUUUCCCAGAUGUUCCCUGCCGUCUCCGGUUUCACGUACCGGUGUUGCAGCAGCAACCUGUGUAAUAGUAGUACCACUAUUGCCACGAGAGGGUCAGUUUUCGCUUUGAUGGGGUCACUAUUGGUCUUCUGGUGGUCCUCACUGUGAGCUCCAACUGCCAUGCACAGCUGACGCAGAGCCCUCAAUGGAGCUGGAGAUUGCAGUCAGUAAUAUGAUUUUAUGCUGUUGUUGAUCGUUAAAUGUGUUGUUUAAAUUGUGGAUGAACAAUGUCCUUUUUUUUUCAGUGAACUAACCUAGAGGAACACUCGAAAUAGAAAUCUACAUGUUUAUUGAUUUUGGUUGUUGUAAAUUGAUACUUGACAGUUAUGUGCAUAUUUGGGUUAGGCCAUUCGCCUUAGAAGCAUCAGGCUAAGACAACCUCGUUCAUCCAAUAAUUAAUAACCGGGAACAUUGUACAUGCUAUCCAUACUGUAGUCUGAAGGAGGGUUUCCUCUCACUUUAUGUACACUUACUACAGCCUCAUUUUACCAUGAUGAUUAAUAAAUUUCACUAGGAACGCAGACUAGUCGUGAAGAUAGGCUGCACAGAUGGGAUGGGAUAUGCUAGUAGUCUAUUCACCCACCUAGGCACAUACUCACCCAAGUCAAGACGGGAAAAAAUUUAAGCUGAAAAUAUAUUUCCCCAUUGUUUUAAGAUGUGAUAAGAAAUAUGUUUCAAUAACAUUUAAAACCAUGUUAAAGGUUGUGAAAAUUGUCAAUCAGUUUUAUUCUCACUUGUAGAAGACUCACCCAAACCAAUAAAAUGACCUUGAGA